AAAAAAUAGCGCUCCAUAAAACCCUCUCUUCAUGGCCAUAAACCUCAACUCCUCCCGUUUCCUACUAUCCCCCGUCCUCAAAUUUCCCCCUCCUCUCCUCCUCCCGCCCAAAUUCAUCUCAUCCCGCCCCAAAAUCCCCAGAUUAGGGUUUCGAUUCCGUCGCUUCAGUUGCUACGGCGCUGCCGGCGUCGAGAGAAGUAGACUUAUGGAGGGUCCGGUGACGGUGAAGGAGAAGAUCGAUCUCACUGAGAAAGAGGAGAAGAUCUUCAAGCGCUUGCUCGAUGUUUUGAAGCACUUCGAGUUGGAGACUCAGCUUCGAGUCGCCGGCGGUUGGGUUCGCGAUAAGCUUUUAGAUAAAGAUUGCUACGAUAUUGAUAUUGCACUGGACAACAUGUUGGGUAGAGAGUUUUGUGACAAAGUAAACGAGUACCUGCAGUGCGCUGGUGAAGAACAGCAGGGUGUUGCUGUCAUUCAAUCCAAUCCCGAUCAAUCUAAACACUUGGAAACCGCAAGGAUGCGUAUAUAUGAUACUUGGAUUGAUUUUGUCAACUUGAGAUCUGAAACUUAUGUAGAGAACAGCCGUAUCCCCACAAUGAAGUUUGGAACUGCCAUGGAAGAUGCAUUUCGCAGGGACCUCACUAUUAAUAGUUUGUUUUACAAUAUCAACACUAAUUCAGUGGAAGAUUUUACCAGAAGAGGUCUUCGAGACCUGAAGAAUGGAUAUAUAGCAACUCCUUUACCUCCAAAAUCAACGUUUUUAGAUGAUCCUCUUCGAGUUCUUCGAGCCAUACGCUUCGGUGCUAGAUUUGCUUUUGAGUUGGAUGAAGAACUGAAGAAAGCUGCAUCCGAUGAGGAGGUGAAAACUGCCCUUGCAGAUAAAAUUAGCAGAGAGCGCAUUGGGCAUGAAGUUGAUCUUAUGAUUUCUGGCAAUCACCCAGUUAAAGCAAUGGCUUACAUCUGUGAUUUGCAGUUAUUCUUCACUGUCUUCAUUUUGCCUGAUAAUCCACAGCCUGAAGUUUUCGAAGGAUGUGACAGGCUGUGUGUUACUUAUAUGGAGGCUGCAUGGAAUUUAUUACGGUUAAUUGACCCUUCAAAAUUCAGAAUGAGCAGCGAUAGACUUUAUUUUUAUGGUACACUCUUUCUUCCGUUGAGAAAUAUGGUCUACAUAGAUAGAAAGUCCAAAAAGAUUCCUGUUACUAGCUACAUCUUCAAAAAUUCUCUGAAGCUGAAAAACAGUGAUGCUGAAAUGGUUGUGAGCCUACAUGCUGCUUGUGAGAGAUUUAUUUCUUUGAUUCCUUUGCUGGAGGCAAAUAGGGAUUCUGAAGUCAAGUUUGAGCUGGAGGAUGAAUACCUUGACAUCUCACCGAUUUCCAGGAUGCGUGUAUUGGCAGGAUUACUGCUGCGGCAAAUUAAAGAUUUUUGGCGUGUUUCCUUGUUGAUGUCCACACUAAUAUACCCCACGGACGAUCAUUCUUAUGAUUCUAAUGGACAUUUAGCUCCGGACCAUAGGGAAAUUUUCUUGAAAGUUGAGAGUACUAUAACGGAAUUAGGGCUUGAUAAAGUGUGGGAGUUGAAGCCACUGCUAGAUGGAAAGGCAAUAAUGGGUGUUUUACAACUUAAAACAGGAGGGCCUCUUGUCAAGGAAUGGCAAGAUAGGGUGGUAAAGUGGCAGCUUGCUCAUCCGGAGAGUACAGCAGAGGAGUGCCUUGAUUGGAUGAGGGAAUCUCAAGCUAAGCGCACAAAGCUUGACUGUUCUUAAAGCUCGCGAGCACAACAAAACAGAAAGCUGCUCAUAUCUUUUUCUUUUGGAAUGUUGAUGCAGUUCAUCAUCCCAUGUUCAGCGAUGAGAAGAUCAGAGGGGUAGACACUAACUGUUUGACAAGAUCAUCGGCUGCUUUUAUGUUUGAUCGCUUAAAUCAAACUUUACCGUGGAAAUUGAGAAAAGUUAAAGGCCAUAUAUUGCAAAUACAGUGUUGAACGGCCGAGUAUGUUAAAUAUUGUUAAAAUGCGUUGAUGAGCCCGUUUAAGUGUGCACGAUUUGUACUCAAUUUAUUACUUUGUGAGCUCAGUUUCACUUGGCAGUAUUAAAGCAUGUUGGACGAUGUUGUUUA